AUGUACGGCAACAACGUGAGCGCGCUCUCCAACCUCGACCUCUCGAGCGUCACGUACCUCUCGCUGGGGCUGAACCCGGUUCGGACCAUCUCGAAUGUCGUGUUUUCCACCAACAUGACGUUCUUCGACUGCGCAGGCUGCCCGCUGACGGACGUGACGCUCAGCGAGGAUGCGUACAAUGCGCUCAACAAGCUGCAGGCGUGGGACCGCAACCCGAACGCCUACGUCGGCUUCAACAUUGACACGGACGCCACAGUUGACGCCGCUGCGUGCACGCGCCAGCGCGGAUCAAUCAACGCUACCGACGACGACACCAACACCCACCCCGACGCCUUUGCCAACUAUGUCGUCUUCGUCGACUUGUACGUCCCGUGGAAGCAAGUUUGCGGUCUCACCGUCUCGCUAGCUGCCGGUGCGAUUGUCGGCAGUGUCCUUGGCGGCCUUGUUGGACUCGGCCUCCUGUUCUGGUGUCUCUUUUGGCGCAAACGCCGAUCGAACAAGUCCAAAACCAACGCCAACGAGGCGCCAACCCACGACGCGUCGUACCAGCCUGUGGACGAUGACGACGUCGACUUGUCGACGCUGCGGAUGGUGCGCCUCGAGCUCCGCGAGCUGCGUGUCUCGAGCGCCCGUCCGUUGGCAGCGGGUGCGUACGGUGAAGUCUGGGCCGGGGUCUACGGCGGCGAGUCCGUUGCGAUCAAGCGGCUCAAGGACAAGUCCGUGCCGAGCACGAAGCACUUUAUCGACGAGAUCCUCCUCCUCGCCAAAAUCGACUCGCCCUAUAUCGUCAAGCUCGUGGGCGCGAGCUGGCGCCGGCUCUCGGAUCUCGAGUGCGUCGUCGAGUACAUGGACCUCGGCGAUCUUCGCAGCUACUUGACCAAGACGCCGGCCGAGAUCUACCCGUGGCACGAAAAGCUCGACUGUCUUCUAAGCCUUGCGCUCGGUCUUGUGUACUUGCACACGUUUGAGCCGCGCAUCAUCCAUCGCGACCUCAAGUCCCGCAAUGUCCUCCUCGACUCGAAAAAAGGCACCAAGCUCACGGACUUUGGCACGUCGCGCGAAAUCACCGACAGCACGCUCACCCAUGGCAUGGGAACGUACCAGUGGAUGGCGCCCGAGAUCAUCAACGGCGACCCGUACUCGGAAUUGAUUGACCUCUACGCCUUUGGCGUCAUUAUGACGGAAAUGUCGACCCACCGCGUGCCCUACGCCAGCUUGAUCAACCCGAAUACGGGCCACGCCUACUCGCAGCAGUACAUUUUGACCAACGUCGCAUCCGGCAAGCUCACACCGACGUUGGACGAAGCCAGUCCCGAGUGGGUGCACACGACCGCAUCGCGCUGUCUCUCGACGAGCCCAGCCGAUCGCCCGACCGCCAUGCAGCUCGUGCAGCUGCUGCGGCAAUGCUUGCCUCUUGUUUAGCCUUAAAAACGCUAGGAAAUGUGAUGGAAAAGGGACAAAACAAGAAUUUUCAAAAG